AUGGCGCCGGAGCACCAUCCCUGUCCACCCCAUGUAUCAUACAACCUUCGCAAUCUAGCGAUGCACUGGAGCACCAUCCAAAUCCACCGACCGUCUUCCACCAUUUACCCUAAUCAACAACCUUGUAGCUCAGGCACACUCAAUCCAACCACAUCAUCUUCGAAUGCAUGGUAUGACAGGACCCAACCCAGAUUCCCCUCGGAAUCCUUGACUGGGCACAUUAGGCACUUUUUGCUACGGAAGGAUUUUGGGGAAAAGAGUGGCACCAUUGCGUCGGUCUCGUCGAAAUGA